AACAUGGCGGCGAUGUGCGAGAGCAUUCCUACCUGAGGAAUCAAACUUUUACUGAAUUUAAUAUCGCAAAAGUUUGGUGCUAGAUUAAUCAAGUUAUGUAUACUGGAACAGUACUGUUCAUGUCAGAUCAAAUAAACCAUGACCGACAAGAGAAGCAUCGGUGUGCGACUCAAAUCAGAUGGUGCGAGAGAAAGCCGCAGCAGAACGUCCAAACUUCCCCAGAACAGAAUGCAAACAAAGAGACAUGUGAUCGGACUCCAAGACUCACAAUCUCCUUCUUAUCACAAGUCAUUCAACUAUCGUAAAGAUUUUACAACUCCAAAACGGCGGCCAAGAAUCAGAUACAACAGUUGUUACAGUGGAGAUUCACCCAAUGAGACUGAAUACCUGCAAGACAUCAUCUGGGAUCCGAACUCACCCACUCAAAGCUUAAAUGGAAAUGGAGGAGAUGGCAGAGUCAUUGAGAUAUCAGAAAUUGUCAAUAGGAUUGCACCAAAGGUUGAGAGGCCUAAAGAAGGGGACUCAGUGCUCCAGUGGAUUGGAGACAGUGCCAUACCCUGCACCCCAGAGAUUAGGCAGCCCCGAGUCAGGAGAAUCUCAGCACGUGAAAGGAUCUCAGAGCUGAACUUCUUUGCCAAUUUACUACUAAAUCACUGGCAGAGCAACGUUGAGGACCUCAUGAAACUUGCCAAGCAGUUUGACAUCAAUAUGACUCGUCAGGACAAAGAAAAACGGCAGAAGAGCAUAGAAAACUUAAAUCAACUCAAGUCACAAAGUGAUGGAACAACAAAAAGUACACCAGCAUCUGUUGCAAUCAUGACUGAAGAAGAGGAGCUUCGUGCGCUGUUUGAUGGACCCACUCAGCACUUAAGUGGGAGACUAAGCCCACCAUCAGCAAACUGCACACCAGAAGGCAGAACUGACCCUGCAGCCCUGGCUGAACAAUCAAGUUCUUCAGCAAUCAAGAACGCUUCUGCACCUAAAGCAAGUGAGGUGGACUUUGAUGAUGAUUGGGAAAAUGAUGACCUUCUCAAUGACUCUUUUGUGUUGGAGAUGACGCAGAACCAAGUGCCUUUGAAUGUAGCUGAGAAACCUUGUGCAACUCAGCCCAAGUCUUGCUCCAGGAAAUGUAAAUCUGUGGCCAAGACAAACUCCUCUGUAUCUAACAGCAGAGACAUCUGCUUACAGAUUCAACAGAGCACCAGCAAAAGCAGCACCUUUACUAGGACAUGUCCUGAAGUCCAAACGUCUACCCAGAGCACUUUUAGGCUGAAGCCACAGGAUCAAACUACAGAGCAGCUGCUAAGGACGUCGCUUGUGGACCAAGUGAAGCAUCAGGCACAGUCGAACGAGGGUAAAACGUCCAAAGAUUGUGAAGCAUCUGGUCAAACUUCUACUGCUACUUUUGACGGGGUUUCAAAAGAGGACCUGAAGUCUCUGUUUGAUUCUGAUGGUCUCUGGAAUGAUGAAGAUGACGACGAUCUCCUUUGUCAAGCAUGCGAUGAUGUGGAGAGGAUAUCGGCCAGUCAGGAGGAGCAAAGACACAGCAAGGACUACGCAGAGUUAGAUAAAUCAAGAAGCUUAACAUCUAGGAACACCAUUUAUGCUGAAACCAUGGGCAUUAACAGCAAGUCCUCACAUGUGUUUGUCCGCUCUAACUCAGUACCGUGUUCCAGUGGCAGCUCUGGAUUAAAACAGGACUACGGUGUUUUAGCAACAACUAAAGGGUCCAGCUCCGGAAUGGAAAGUUACAUUCCUUACUAUUAUGGACAAGCACAAAACAAAUUGACUGAAGUAAAAAAUGCCUCCGCACCCAGUCUCGGUUUUGUCAGUGGCACGUCACAGACCAUUAUGCCACAAAGCAUAACAGUGGGAAAGGCCUCUAAUUCCCACCAUUUCACUUUCAAAAGACAUCUGUCUGACUCUGUCACGCUCGCCAACAAAGUUUUUAUUUCAUCUUCUGCAACAGUGAAAUGUUCAGCUGCUGAGAUUGACCGGAAGAAACAGGAAGCAAUAGCGAGGAGGAGAUUACGGAUGCAGGCUAGCCAGAAAAAUGGAGCGCCUACAUAGGAUACCACAGAGCAGCCUGUACUGUGGCAUGAAUGUUCAUUGAGCUGCUAUUCUGUAAAGCUGUGAAUCAUAAAGCCUGGAGACCUCACUCCAGUCCAGAUCCGUUACUAAUAUAUAGUUAACACUAUGUCUCUUUAAAGGAAACGUUAUUUGAAGAUUUCUCAUGCUUCUCAGAAUAAUGUCCUGCAGUGUUAAAUCUGUCUAACAGCCAAUCUAAAUGAAUGGAAUUUCUCGCACAUUACUGUUCCGUUAUUACCACCCAGUAUUGUCAGUCAGAUUAAUGGCCGAGCUCUGCAAGUCUUCACACCUUUUGCCAACGUUUGAUGAAGCAUUUCAAACACGUGCCAUUUGGAUUAUGAUUGAAAGGAGUGUGGGCUAUGGGCUACAUCCUAGUAUAUAUAGUUACAAAUGAUUGGUCAAAAGAUUGGGUCUAGUCUUCUGUACAUAGCUGAGUAUUACAAAAAAAAAAAAAACUUUCCCAUUAUAAAUAGGGGGAAAUACUUCAAUUUUUGAUAAUCAAGCUGGAGAUCUUGUUUGCAUUUGCUUUGUUGUCUAAGUUCCAUAUUUUUUUCUGUUAAAAAAUAUAAUUGCGGAUAUAAUAAAGGAAACAAACUAAAAGAAAGAGAAACAUAUUUUGCAUUGUGUAUUAUUGCAUUCAAAGUCUAUUAAAACACUUGGAACAUUGA